GAACUGAAAAACUCAAACCAUUAUUCAUUCAUAAAUAUGAAAAUCCAUGGGCAUUUAAACAUAUAAACAAAAAAACUCCUCCAGUUGAUUAUUACUGGAAUUUAAAAACUACACAAGUUACAAAUAUUACUAUUGAAUUUUUGUCUCCAAAUAUUACUGCACAUCUACAACCUUGUAAUCAAGGAAUUAUUAAUAAUUUUAAGGCACAGUAUCGAAAAUUGUUUUUAAAUAAUCGUGUUAAAGCUUUUGAUAAAUAUAAUGAAUAUGGUAUUAAACCAGUUGAAAUUAAUAUCAAAAAAUGUAUUAAAUAUGUUGCUUGUGCAUGGAAUAAUGUUACUGAAUCUACAAUUAAAAAUUCAUUAAUUGAUAAAUUAAAUCUUGAAAAUUCUCUUAGUACUAAUGAAUUUAUUCAUUAUGAUAGCACAGUAAUUAUAAUAGAAAUAAGAACUAAUGAUGAAAUUUUAGCAGCAAUUAUUUCUAAUAAAAAGGAUGAAAUAGAAGAAGAUUCAGAUCCUUCACCAAUUAUUACUCACAAUGAAGCUAUUGAAUCAUAUGAUAAAAUAAUUUGGUAUUUAGAGUAA